GCACUAGUUUCCGUGUCUCUCUCGGUCACUUGUGCACGGCUCCAGCAUGGCAGAGCGCGGAGGAAACCGGGAUAAGGUAAAGGACGAGCUGCCGGUUUAUCUGGCCCGGCCCGGCACGGUCGACCAGGUGCCGCGACAGAAAUACGGCGGCUUGUUUUGCAGCGUCGAAGGCGCGUUUGAGAGUAAAACCAUAGACUUUGAUGCGCUCAGCGUCGGCCAGAGGGGCUCCCGCACCCCGAGGACCGCCAAGCGAGAGACCGGCCAGGAGGCGAGGAGCCCGGCCACUGAGUACAGGAGCACCGCUGGUGCGGAGAGGCAGAGAGACACGGCUCAGCCUGAGAUCAGAAGCAGCUGCGGGAAAGAAGUGCUGCAGGACCUGGGAGAGGAAAAGAGCGACAGGCUUCUGAUCAAAGGCGGGAGGAUUGUGAACGAUGACCAGUCCUUCCAUGCCGAUAUCUACAUGGAGGAUGGCCUCAUUAAGCAGAUUGGCGACAACCUGAUUGUGCCCGGUGGUGUGAAGACCAUCGAGGCUAAUGGGAAGAUGGUGAUCCCCGGUGGCAUUGACAUCCACACCCACUUCCAGAUGCCAUAUCGUGGAACAACAACUGUGGAUGACUUCUCCCAGGGAACAAAGGCUGCUCUUGCUGGGGGGACGACCAUGAUCGUGGACCAUGUGAUCCCAGAGCCUGGCAGCAGCCUGAUGGAGUCCUAUGACCAGUGGAGGCAGUGGGCAGAUGAGAAGGCCUGCUGCGACUACUCCCUCCACGUUGACAUCACCCACUGGAACGACAGCGUAAAGCAGGAGGUGGAUAACCUCAUCAAGGAGAAAGGUGUGAACUCUUUCCAGGUCUACAUGGCUUACAAGGACUACUACCAAAUGACCAACAGUGAGCUCUAUGAGGUCUUCACCUUCUUGGCAGAGAGGGGAGGCAUCGCUCAGGUCCACGCUGAGAAUGGCGAGAUCAUCGCAGAGGAGCAGGCCCGCAUGCUGCAGAUGGGUAUCACUGGACCAGAGGGACAUGUGCUAAGCAGGCCAGAAGAGCUGGAGGCUGAGGCGGUGUUUCGUGCCAUCACCAUCGCCAGCCAAACCAACUGUCCUCUCUAUGUGACCCGGGUCAUGAGCAAGAGUGCUGCAGACAUCAUCUCACAGGCCCGGAAAAAAGGAAAUGUUGUGUUUGGGGAGCCAAUCACAGCCAGCCUGGGGACUGAUGGGACGCAUUAUUGGAGCAAGAACUGGGCCAAGGCGGCUUCCUUUGUAACAUCACCUCCUCUCAGCCCUGAUCCCACCACUCCAGACUAUCUGAACACACUGCUGUCCAGUGGAGACCUGAGUGUGACUGGCAGUGCUCACUGUACCUUCAGUGUAUCCCAGAAGGCCAUCGGCAAAGACGACUUCACUCAGAUCCCGGAAGGUGUCAACGGGGUGGAGGAGAGGAUGUCCCUCAUCUGGGACAAGGCUGUGACCACAGGUAAAAUGGAUGAGAACAUGUUUGUGGCGGUCACCAGCACCAAUGCAGCCAAGAUCUUGAACCUGUACCCUCGUAAGGGUCGGAUUGCCGUCGGCUCUGAUGCCGACCUGGUCAUCUGGGACACAGACUCCAUCCGCACCAUCACUGCCAAGACACACAACUCGACUGCUGAGUACAACGUGUUUGAGGGCAUGGAGCUGCGUGGAGCCCCGCUUGUGGUGAUCUGCCAGGGGAAGAUCAUUCUGGAAGAUGGAAACCUUCAUGUGACCUCCGGUGUGGGACGCUUCAUUCCCUGCUCUGCCUUCCCAGACUUUGCCUACAAGCGUGUUAAAGCUAGGAAGCAGCUGGCUGUCCUGAGGGCAGUUCCCAGGGGAAUGUACGAUGGUCCGGUGUCUGAAUUCUCUAUGUCCCGUGGCGGUACCCCCUCGGCCUCGGCACGUACCUCUCCAACCAAACAGCCCGUCAGAAACCUGCACCAAUCUGGAUUUAGUCUAGCAGGUAACCCUGCACCCUGCGGUCCCCCCACCCCAGAUGACAUCCCAAUCAGGCCUGCUGGCCGCCGUAUUGUAGUGCCCCCCGGUGGCCGUUCCAACAUCACAUCCCUCAGUUAAACCGUGGGAGGACGCAUCCACGAAAGGAGAGCAGCCAGAGUGCAGGAUUGAGGGGGGAGGGUUAGAGGGAGGGAGGGAGGGAGGGAGGGGGAGAUGCAUAGGACCAUAAUUAGUUAAAAGUUAAAAGAGCAAAACACUGAAUCCUCAUGCCUUACCUGUCACAGUGCUACCUUGCUCAGAUGAGAACUGUAUCCCUUUUCCUCUCCUACAAAAGAAAAAGUCACCCUAACCCUAACCCAGACCACUAUUCACAUUAGCCGUCUUAGCCUCACUUCUUCUCAGUCUAUAAUACACCACAAAUACAGUGAAAAGGUGUUCACCUGGUGUUUUGGUUAAGGGAAUUAUCACCACAUUCAAGAAAUAAAGAAAUAAAACAAACUACACUCCUAAAGGAAAAGAGAUACGGCUUUGCUCAGAAUGACGCUAUGGUUCUUUCAUCCUGUUCGGCUUUCAACGUCACCCCGUUUUCAGUAGCCUGCUUUAUAACACUAGAUCCCACAUUAGCCAUGUAAUAUCAUGCAGUACCAUUGGUUAGCUCUAGGUGGCAUUAUAUGUACGGUAAAUGUAAUGUAGCUUUGUGAAUGAUGUUGUUGCAGCCUGUUUGGGUACACUCAACCAAGUAAAAUGUAUUUAUCAAAUCUCAGAGACGGGAGCCCCGUCGGAUGUGGGGCUGCAUGGGCCACACUAACAUGGGUGACGUGAUCCACAAUCUUCUGAGCCUCCCCCCUGAGGAGCUUGAUAAAUAUCAUCCCCAUGAUGUAUUGACUGCAUAAUUAUUGGUGUAAAAGCUAAAUAUAGAAACACCUGCUUUAGAAAAGAUUUUGUACUAUUCUUUGUCCCCAAAAAGGUUCAUGUCAGUUUUUUAUUUUCUGCACUCAAUCAUAGCUCUUUAAGAAAUGAACAUCGUAAGAAUCCGUCCUUUGCAUUUGCUUCUAGCUUAUUGCCUGCUCCUGUCAUCCCGAAGUCAUCUUGAGAAGGAGGAAAAAAACAUAAAGAAACACGAUUAAACUGCCCCUUGUAGCUCAAUCUUAACUAGCUUUACAAUUGAGGGCAAAGAUUAAAAAAACAUAAAAACAGAUGCAAUGAAAUGAAUAAGUAACAACAACCUGCUUUCAGAUAACAGUACUUCACUUUUGGCUUUACUUUUUCAUUGCUGACAAACUGAGCUCUCACUCUGAGGACAAGAGGUUCAAGCGCAGUCCUCGAACGCAAUCCAGACCAAUAAAUCAUCAGCCUAAGAAUAACUGUGGGUCCAAUUCAGUUAAACACUCUGGAUCUGAUAGUGCUGGAGGUCGUAAGAGCUUUUUUUAACGUCUCUGCUGUUUUUUGACGAGGCAGGGGGUUUUGGUGAAGUGAGGGAAGCUUUUCUUUAGUCACUGUCCCACCGUUGGGGAGAGAGGGAGCGAGGAAGGGAGCGAGGAGGGGAAGGAGAUGGCGAUUUUUAUUUAGCAGUGGUGUGGCAGACUCUGAUGAGGCAGACACAAGUGGUGUUUUGUUGUAUUUAUGUUAGUUUGACGACCUUUGUUAAUUGUUUUUUUAUGUUAUUUCUUUUUUACUGUUGUAUCAAAAACCCAGAGAUGGCAGGUCAAAAAUAAGGUGUGUUGUGGAGGUAUGAUUUGUUUCCUGAAUAAACAUGAGUUGCAACUGAA